CUCUCUCUCCCUCCCUCUCCAAUUUUCUCCUUUGUCUUUCCAAUAUGAGGGACAUGGAUAGAGAAGGAGAGGGAAAUUAGGGUUUAGUUAGAUUGAGAGCAGGCAAAAAAGAAAGCAAGGAGAGCCAUGAAGAGCACCAUAAGGUGUUGCAUCUCUUGCAUUCUGCCCUGUGGAGCUCUCGACGUGAUCCGGAUCGUGCAUACGAACGGCCGCGUGGAGGAGAUCAGCGGCACGGUCCGCGCCGGCGAGAUCAUGAAGCUGCAUCCCAAGCACGUCCUCAAGAAACCCUCCUCGUCUCCGUCGGACGACGGGGUCGUCCCGAGGAUAGUCAUAGUGCCGCCGGACGCGGAGCUCCAGAGGGGGAAGAUUUAUUUCCUCAUGCCGGUGCCCUCCAUGCCCGAGAAGACCCGGUCGCGAUCUUCGAGUAGGAAGAGCAAGAAACGAGAGCCUGAGGGGGGCGGCGGCGGCGGCGGCGGCGGCGGCGACGCGAAGUCCGCCAUCGCCAUGACGGCGAACCUCCUCAUCUCCGAUCGGUACUUGAGCGAAAUACUAUCAGAGAAGUUGUCGACGCAGCGAGACCGCAGGCGAGGCCGCGCUGCCGUGUGGAGGCCUCACUUAGAGAGCAUUUCCGAGGCGGCAUCGAGCGACCCGUAAUCGUCCGAAUCGAAUCGUGUCACGGUUUCCGGUUCAUCUUACUAGGGUUAGAAACUACUUCAACCCUUCCCCCCCUUCUCCCCCACCCACACUUUCCUUCUUGUGCUUCUCUUGGUACAUAUGGGCAGAGAAAAAAGAU